GAGACACGGAGAGAGGAGACACGGAGAGAGGAGACACAGAGAGAGGACACGGAGAGAGAGAGAGAGCGGAGCCGUUUCCACCGUUCCACAAGUGACUGCUUGGACUUGUUUGUCACAACGCGCGGAAGGACUUAAAACCGCACGGGGUAGAGGGGGGAUUGGGGAAGGUAGGAGACGGACACUAGCGGGGACUGUGGAGAGAAAGAAGCUGUUGCUCGUCGGGGGAGAAACAUGACUGUAGUGGCCGGAGAGAACCACGAUGAGACCGUGGCACUAGCAGCCCUGUCCCAAGAUGUGUUCGACCCCGCGGACCAGCGGACGGACCAGGAGUGCUGCGGGCGCGUGGUCAUCAACAUCUCCGGGCUGCUCUUUGAAACCCAACUGAAAACGCUCGCGCAGUUCCCCGCCACUUUACUGGGGGACCCGAGGAAGAGGAUGCGCUUCUUCGACCCACUGAGGAACGAGUACUUCUUCGACAGGAACCGACCCAGCUUCGACGCCAUCCUCUACUACUACCAGUCUGGCGGGCGCCUCAGGAGACCAGCCAACGUCCCCUUGGACAUAUUCAUGGAGGAGAUCAAAUUUUACCAAUUAGGAGAAGACGUGAUCGAGAAUUUUAAGGAGGACGAGGGAUUUAUAAAAGAAGAGGAGAGACCGUUGCCCGAAAAUGAGUUCCAACGGCAGGUCUGGCUGCUAUUUGAAUACCCGGAGAGCUCGGGACCCGCCCGAGGGAUAGCUAUAGUGUCUGUUCUGGUGAUUUUGAUUUCCAUUGUCAUCUUCUGCUUGGAGACGCUGCCUGAGUUUAGGGAUGAAAAGGAGAAGAACUGGGACGCUGAGCUGGCGAUGAAUGGGACUACCCGCGCCAAGAAGCCCAAUCCAUUCACGGACCCUUUCUUUAUAGUGGAGACCCUGUGUAUCAUCUGGUUCUCCUUUGAGCUGUUAGUGAGGUUCCUAGCCUGCCCCUCCAAGCCCGCCUUUUUCAAAAACAUGAUGAACACCAUCGACAUCGUGGCCAUCAUCCCCUAUUUCAUCACCCUGGGCUUGGAGCUGGCGGAGCACCAAGGGAACGGACAGCAAGCCAUGUCUCUGGCCAUCCUCAGGGUCAUCCGGCUGGUCAGGGUGUUCAGGAUCUUCAAGCUGUCCAGACACUCCAAGGGUCUCCAGAUAUUGGGACAAACCCUCAAAGCCAGUAUGAGAGAGCUGGGGCUCCUCAUCUUCUUCCUCUUCAUCGGAGUCAUCCUCUUCUCCAGCGCUGUCUACUUCGCCGAGACCGACGACCCAGACUCCGGCUUCAGCUCGAUCCCCGACGCCUUCUGGUGGGCUGUGGUCUCCAUGACAACCGUGGGCUACGGGGACAUGUGCCCGGUGACCAUAGGGGGCAAGAUCGUGGGCUCUCUGUGCGCCAUAGCCGGUGUGCUCACCAUCGCGUUACCGGUCCCCGUCAUCGUGUCCAACUUCAACUACUUCUAUCACCGGGAGACUGAGCACGAGGAGCAGUUCCAAUACACCCAUGUGACGUGUGGCCAGCAGCAGCAAUCGUCGUUUGGUGAAUUAAAAAACAGUGACAGCCAACCGUCGCUUUCCAAAUCGGACUGCGUGGACAUGGAGGACGCUGACUCUAUCAAAUAUACCAACUGCAGCCCCCACAAAGCGCACUGCAGCCCGCACAAAGGGUACACGGGGAAACUCACUGAUGUAUGAUUGUAGAACAAACAGAAAACUACGCAUCAAUGGAAAAACACGCAUAUCCUAGAAGAUAUGCAGAGAAACCAUGCGUUUCUUUCUGAAAAGAAAGAAAGAUGAGCAGCCCUCCUCUAGAAUACACCGCCUGGACAACAUCCCUGACAGGACAUAGAAUACACCGCCUG